GGAUAAAGGUUGAUAGAUGGAGAGGACAGAGGUGUUACAGAACUUAGUUUUAAUUCAAAACAAAUGGCUCUACAAAUAUUUUCCCCAAAAAUUCAACAGCCAUUGAAGUCCAUUUUUCCUUCUCCAACUAAUAAUGGGUGCAGUAUCAUUGUGCCUUGUGCCUAUAACUCAUCUCGUAGGCUUGCUUUAUUUCAACUCGGUACAGCCAUCACCCAGUCACAGUUAUUCAAUGGAAAAGCACCUGAAUCUCUUAGCGCUGAAGGGAAAGUGAUCGAAAGUGGAAUGAUUGCUGAACUGGCGCAGUCAAAUAUUGCCCUAAAUGAUGAAACUGCAUCAGAGUGGAUCAAGAAGGACAAAAGAAGAAUGCUUCAUGUCGUUUAUCGUGUUGGGAAUUUGGACAAGACGAUUAAGUUUUACAGAGAAUGCUUGGGAAUGAAGCUGUUAAGGAAACGAGGCAUACCAGAGGAGGGCUAUUCAAAUGCUUUUCUUGGUUAUGGACCUGAAGAAUCAAAUUUUGCCGUUGAACUUACUUACAACUAUGGAGUUGACAAGUAUGACAUUGGAACUGGUUUUGGUCAUUUUGGAAUUGCUGUUGAGGAUGUUGAUAAAAUGGUAGACCUAGUAAAAGCAAAGGGAGGGAAGAUUGUCCAGGAACCUGGUCCAGCUAAAGAUGGAGGACCUAUAGUUGCCCUCGUGGAAGAUCCUGAUGGCUACAACUUUGAACUAUUAGAGAGAGGGCCUACUCUUGAACCUUUCCGUCAAGUAAUGCUUCGUGUAGGAGAUCUUGACCAGUCCAUUAAUUUCUAUAAGAAGGCAUUUGGCAUGGAGCUUCUUCGAAAAAGAGAUAAUCCGGACAACAAAAACACAAUAGCCGUCAUGGGUUAUGGACCUGAAGAUAAAAAUACAGUUCUGGAGUUGACAUAUAUUUAUGGUGUCAAAAGCUAUGAUAAAGGAAAUGGCUAUGCUCAGAUUGCAGUAGGAACAGAUGACGUCUACAAGACUGCAGAAGCUAUAAAACUGUAUGGUGGGGAAAUUGUACUUGAACCAGGACCUUUGCCGGGUAUAAACACCAAGAUUAUGGCAUGCAUUGAUCCUGAUGGUUGGAAGACAGUUUUUGUUGAUAAUGCUGAUUUUAUGAAGGAAUUAGAGUGAACAUAUGCAGUAUUAACCCAAACAUCUCAAUCCUGCAGUAGGUUUCUGAAUAAUUUAUCACAAUUUUUCCGGUGAUAUCAUCCAGAUAAUCUAUUUCCGGCAUGAACCGCAGAUAGCUUUACUUAUAUAAAAACAACCAUGAAUGGCUCGUUGUAGUGCCAUUUUCCAAUAUGUAAUCUAUCCCUAUACAGAUGUACUAGCUUAAAUCAAUUCACUGCUUCUCUGAUUUGAUGCUG